AUGAAUCCGUAUCAUUGCUCAGCUCAGCAGCUCUUCUGUCUCAACCAUUUGGUGAACAACCUUGGUACCAUUGCAAGGUAUAGCACCAAGGAAUUUAUGGAAGCCUUGGCUGCUGGUGCAGAUCUUGUUGUAGAUAAGGUCAUUGUUACUACCAAGCACAAUGAUGAUGAGCAGUAUGUGUGGGAGUCGCUCUGA